AGAAACUGACCCAAUUUUUUUCUUCAUGGGUAGAAAUAUGACACCAGCUCCUCUUCUGCCAGCUCUCAGCCUGGGCUCUUUUCUCAAACGACUCCGUCUUUGCUGUGCACAUUUACACCAAAUGCCAAGCGCUUGAACAAAACACACAUCUGGCUCUUUUUACACGUGGAUUUUUCCUGCAGCAACAAGUUCUUCACAAUUCCCCAAAACAACAAACCGGCGAGUGUUUUAUAGCGUAAAGAAAACUAAACAGACACUUGGAGUUUUUUAAACUUGUUUUUUUUUCACCCUGGACGUCGGCUUUGUAUUCAGUACACAUUGGAAAUAGUUGUAUUUAUCAUCAUCCCGUUUGGACUUCAGACUGAUGUGUGAGUAAAGACUGCGUCAACAUCCGCUAAACUUCUCUUCUUUGUGUGCAUCCUUCCCUCAGGAUCUCUGAAAAGGCUCUUCUUUCAAGGCUCGACUUUGGGGAUAAUGUAAAUAGCCGUUUCCAAACUAAGGAUUGAUGUUUUUGCAAUAAGAAAGCAAUGGCACGUUCGGUAGUAAAAUUGUGUCUAGUCGUAUUUUUCUUUGGACUUUUGUUGUUCACGCUUCCAUCCGCGAGAGCCGAAGAAGAUGUGGAGGAGGAGAGAUCAUGUCAGGGCGCUUUUGACUUGUAUUUCGUCCUUGACAAGUCAGGAAGUGUCAAACAUCACUGGCAAGAAAUCUACUCGUUUGUUGAACUUUUGGAACAGAAAUUCAUCAGCCCGAUGCUGCGAAUGUCCUUCAUCGUGUUCUCGACCAGAGGAAACACGAUCAUGAGACUCACAGAAAACAGGGAGACCAUAAGAAAAGGCCUUAACGUUCUGCGGCGUGAGAUUCCUGGCGGAGAUACGUUUAUGCAUCUUGGUCUAGAAAAGGCAAAUGAGCAAAUAUACCAGGAGAACUAUGGAACUGCUAGUGUCAUAAUAGCAUUGACAGACGGUGAGCUUCAAGAACAUCAGCUGAUAGCAGCUCAACAAGAGGCUGCACGAGCUCGGACACUGGGUGCAAUCGUGUAUUGUGUUGGAGUGAAGGACUUCAACGAAACACAGCUGGCGACUAUAGCAGACACCAGUAAACACGUGUUUCCAGUUUUGGGAGGAUUCCAGGCUCUGAGAGGAAUGAUCGACUCGAUCAUUAAGAAAUCCUGCAUAGAGAUUUUGGCAGCGGAGCCAUCCAGCGUAUGUGCAGGAGAGUCGUUUCAGGUGGUGGUGAGAGGAAACGGCUUUCGGCACGCCAGAAACAUCGACCAGGUCUUGUGCAGCUUCAAAAUCAACGACACAGUCACUCUCAAUGAGAAGCCGGCGAGUGUUGAAGACACGUUCCUGCUGUGUCCUGCGCCUGUUAUAGAUGAAGUCGGAAAGGUGGUUUACCUGCAGGUCAGCAUGAACGAGGGUCUGUCUUUCAUCACCAGCUCCGUUCACAUCACCACCACUGAGUGUUUUGACGGGACGAUUCUCCUGAUCACGCUGCUGGUGUUGUUCCUCUUGUUGGCUCUGCUCUUUAUGUGGUGGUUUUGGCCGCUCUGCUGCACUGUAGUGAUUAAAGAGCCUCCACCUCCUCCUCCUCCAGAACCUGAAUCUGAUGAUGAAGACGGGAUGCCCAAGAAGAAAUGGCCCACAGUGGACGCUUCAUAUUACGGCGGUCGAGGAGUCGGGGGAAUUAAACGAAUGGAGGUUCGCUGGGGAGGCAAAGGCUCCACCGAGGAGGGAGCGAAGCUGGAGAAACCCAAAAACGCCGUCAUAAAGAUGCCGGAGCAGGAGUUUGAACCCUUUGAACCCAAGCCCAGAAAAUCAGACCACAGGAAGCCGACUCAGAACAGGAAGUGGUACUCGCCCAUCAGGGGUAAACUGGAUGCCAUCUUGGCUCUUUUCCGCCGUGGAUAUGAUCAGGUUUCACUCAUGAGGCCGCAGCCAGGAGAUCAUGGUCGGUGUAUCAACUUUACACGAGUGAAAGAAGAAGCAGCCAAAGCUCAGAGUCCUCCUCCACCUCCACCAGACUACCAGCAGGUUGCCAGUCCCAUCACAACACCUCCAAACAGCCCGCCUCCGAGAGGACCACCGCUUCCCCAGCCUCCACCCGGCCCACCGCCCGCCCGCCUGCCACCCGGACCACCUGGACCCCCUCCAGCACGUGCGCCGCCCAGCCUCGACAGCAGACCCUGAGACUCAUCCAGCCUCCAGCACCACCCAGAAUAAAAAAACAUGGUAUUUAUGGGCCAGGUUCCAUUAGGAAGUGGAGUGUAGUUUGUUGCUGGACAGCAAAAACAAAUGUACGAAAACAAAAAGAAAUGUUGUGACAAAAAAUUCAACUACUGAGUUUUCCAUUUCCAUAGUGCUCCCUUUUUUCUCUUUCAUUUUAUAUCAAGGCUGCACAAAUUAUGGUAAUUAUUCUGGCUGCAUUCAUUUGCAAAGCUUCCAGAAUCUUGCAGAAAAUGUCCAAAAUGAGCAGUGGUAGGUGCGUCGAUAAUAUUGUACAGCAUCUUUGAUUUACUUUUUAUUUUAUUUUGAUCAGAAUCAUUGCAACACAGGCUCAUUCUGAAAACGUUGCUCUAUAUAUAUUUCUGGAGAUUGUGAAUUAUGUAGCCAGAGGUACGUAUGGCUGCAUUUCAUCUUUAAAAUGAAUGCUACGGGGCGGCUGUUCCUUUUCGCGCUUAAUAGCUGACCGCUUACCACUGUGUGGACGACUUUCUGGCUGUUGCUAGAUUGUCCAGUUAGCUCACCAUGUGCAUAGGUGGACUUGAGAUGCAGAGAGAAGAUGACCACAAUGACGGGGUUUGAGUACGGUGAAGAACGAUG